AUGUCUUCUUUCCAGUUACAAAACUCCGAGGUAUUAGCGAGGCUAAAACCUUUUGGAAUUCUGUUUGAGAAGUCACUCAAUGAUUUAAUUAAAGGGAUUCGAGCACACUCAAAGGACUCACCAGAGAGUCUUGCAAAAUUUUUGGAUGCAGCCAUUCAAGAAUGCAAAACUGAGUUAUACAGUACUGAUCUCGAGACCAAGGCAAUGGCAGUUUUGAAGCUAGCUUACUUGGAAAUGUAUGGGUUUGAUAUGUCGUGGUGCAAUUUUCAAAUACUUGAAGUGAUGUCGUCUAACAAGUUUCAGCAAAAGCGAAUAGGUUAUUUAGCCGCAAUUCAGAGUUUCAAAAGCGAACAAGAUUUGCUCAUUCUUGCAACAAACCAGUUCAAGAAAGAUCUCAACUCAUCGCUGCAUGUUGAAGUGGGAUUGGCUUUGAGUGGAAUCGCCACAAUUGUAACUCCUAGUUUGUCCAAGGAUAUCAAUGAUGAUGUAUUAAUGAAGUUGAAUCACUCCAAGCCUUACAUCAGAAAAAAAGCCAUCCUUGCAAUGUACAAGAUCUUCUUACAGUACCCCGAUAGCUUAAGAGUAAAUUUUCACAGGAUUAUAGAGAAAUUGGAUGACACUGAUGUUGCAGUUGUCAGCGCUACGGUCAAUGUAAUUUGCGAAUUAUCAAAAAAGAACCCAAAAUUGUUUCUCAAUUAUCUACCGAAGUUAUUUUCCAUCUUGGAGGAAACCAAAAACAAUUGGUUGAUUAUUAGAAUUUUGAAAUUGUUUCAAAGUUUGUCAAGAGUAGAACCAAGAAUGAAGAAGAAAAUAUUACCUGCCAUAAUGGAUCUCAUGCAAAGAACUCAAGCAUCUUCCCUCAUCUAUGAGUGUAUAAAUUGUGCGGUCAACGGACAGAUGUUGUCAGUGGAGUCUUCCAAGGACAAACAAACAGCCAAACUAUGCAUCCUUCAGUUGAUGAAUUUUUUCAAAACCAAGGACUCGAAUUUGAAAUUUGUUGGAUUGAUUGCUUUGAUCAACAUAUUGAAGAUAUUCCCAGUUUUCAUGCAUAGUGUAGAGGGUGUAUCCGAUGUGAUCAUGGACUGUCUAAAUGAUCCUGAUUUGAUCAUAAAGAAAAAAGCUCUAGAGGUUUCAAGCUACUUAGUAAACGACGACAAUAUUGUUGAAGUGAUUAAGGUGAUGCUACUUCAAUUAGUCCCAGAUAGUAAUAAUGUGGACGAUUCGCUCAAAUUGGAGGUUACGACCAACAUAUUGAAGAUAGCAUCGAAAGACAACUACAAUAACAUUCCCAAUUUUAAGUGGUAUGUUGCCGUCUUGAAAGAUAUAUUGAACCUUACUUUAUUGCCAGUGGCGCCCGGCUCCUCUGCACCUGUUUCAACAACUGCGUCGAAAGAGAUUGCGACUCACAUUGGCAACGAAAUUCGAGUACUUGCGACCAAAGUCCCCUCCAUACGACCUGUUUUGUUGGAAAAAAUUGUGGUUGAAGUGGUUUUGGAUGAAAAUGUGAUAGCAUUCUGUCCAUUUAUUUUGAAAGAUGUCUACUGGGUUUUAGGAGAGUACAUUGAUGAAUUUCAAACAGGCGUGGAUGAUGACGAUGAGGUGGAAGUUGAAAACAAAGAGUUGGUUGUUAAUUUGGACAAGAAGUUGUGCAUUUUCAACACAUUGGUUAAUCAUAACAUCGAUAAAAAGUUGGGACUUGGAACAUCUGGUCAUUUCAAGAUAUCAUCCAUGUUGCUAACCCUACAGGAGCCUCAAGUGUUGUCUGUCAUGAUCCAAGCUUUGGUUAAGCUUUUUAAUCGGAUCAUCUACGAUUACACUUGCGUGUAUUCAAACAAUGGCGAGUUUUCGGACUCAAAGUAUUAUGAAAUGAGUUAUCACCUUUACAAAUUAAUUGAAUUUUUGACUAAUUGGGAGAAGCAUUACAAUUAUGAGGUCCAAGAACGAGCUCUAUCAUGGUUGGAAUUUUUGAAGCUUUGCCAAGAGGCAAUGAUUGGUGAGGAUUUGUCCGAGAUAAAGAAACUUGAAGCAAAGGACGUAUCACAUUAUGAAAACAAUACUACGAGAGGUGACCUUGAAGAGGAAGAUAUAUCUGACACUGAACUGGAGUUAGAGUCUAGCUCGGAUGAUAGCUCUGGCAGCGAUGAAUAUGAAAAUUUAAUCUUUUCUGACGAUGAAAAACCGUCCAGAACCAAUCCUGUUACAGAUUUUGAGCCGAACCCCUUUACGGAGCAAGAAUCAGAAAUAAACAACCCAUCUAAAAAGCUUCCUGGAUUAUUGAGUAAUGUUUUGCCAUCUUUUUUCAAAGUUUACAUGUUGAAACCGAUUGCCAAAAAUGCUCAACGCCAUAUUGGUCUCCCAGAGGAUUUGGAUUUGAACCUGGUAAUCAAUGAAAUGCCUCAUGCUGAUGAAGAGCUUGCUACCAAUGAAACUUACGAACUAUUCCUUUCGGACACAGAUAACUUUGAGGAGGAUUUGAUCCAGUUGUCAAGUAAUGAAACGGAUAACAAAAACCGUACCAAUAAAGAGGCACGAGCACUUCGUUUGAAGGAGGAUCCUUUUUACCUUGAACCAGAAAGGAAAAGCAAGAUUAAAAGCAAAACCUUGGGAAUGCUGGAUGAAACGAACUCGCUCAACUCGAAAACAGCUAGUUUGUCUUCAAGAAUUGAGGAGCCAACAAAACCAAAAAAGAAAAAAUCCUCGAAAAUCAAGAAGGAAAAAGUUCUCAUACUUGAUGAGGAGUCAGUCGAAGGUGAGGUGGAAGCCGCUAAUGAGCAGAAUAAUCAAUCUAGCACGAAGCGAAAAGGAAAGAAAAAUGCCAUAAAGAUUGACUCGUCGAAAUUGGAUAAUUUUGAUCUUCUUUCAGCGGCGCCAGUGAAUUCUUCAAAUGAGGAAUACGACGUUGACCUAGACGCUUUACGAGCAAAAUUAUCACAAACUUCGAUCGAGAAACCAAAGAAGAAAAAAAAGGUCAAAAAGAGCGAGAAGAGUGAGAAAGAGCAGCUAGUAGGCUCCAAUGAAGCAGUAGAUACCAAAGGUGAACAAAAGGAAGAGGAAGAAAGGCCAUCGACGAAGCAAUCUUCCGCCACUGACUCCUCAGUGAUCACAGUGAAACCAAUGAAGAAAAAGACUAAGAAAAAGGCGAUAAUAAUUGAAUGA